AUGGUGAAGGAUUACAAUAAGAAUAUGGGAUAUGUUGAUUAUGCAGAUAUGAUGAAAUCAUACUAUGAGAUUGAUCGAAAGAGCCACAAGUGGUGGCAUAGAAUAUUCUUUCACUUUUUAGAUGUUGCUGUGACUAACUCUUAUAUAUUAUUUAAAUUAAAAUGUCAAGGGAGGAAUAUUCCUUUGAAGGAUUUUAGACUUGCUGUAGUUGCUGGUUUAGUUGGAAUUCCAACUACAUCACCAAGAGGAAAACAAAAAUCAUUUAAAAAUAAAACUAACAACUUCAAAGUUAGAAUACCUCUAGAAAUGCGUUUUGCAAAUGUUGCACAUAUACCAAAAAGUUGUACAAUCCGUCGAUGCCAUAACUGCUCUACCAAAGAAAACCCUAAAAGAAGUAGAUGGGAAUGUUCUACAUGUAAUGUAGCACUAUGUUUAACUUCAGAGAAAAACUGUUUUGAAACAUUUCAUCAAAAACAAUAA